AGCCUCGUAACCAGCGCAGCCGGCGCUUUCCUUGCCUCCUGGGCCGUCAUGGCGGACCCUUGCGAGGCACCGGACGGAAAAGCAGAAAGGGCAACAUGUGUGGCUCCAUGUGGGACGGAUCCGAAGCCCGAUGCCUUCAUGUUCCCCUGCGCCUUGAAGUCGUCCGACCUGGCAGAGGAGGACUCAUCCAGUGAGGAGGAUGAGGAUACCGACGCACCUGACGGCGUUCUGUCUUCCAUCUACAAUACAAAGAUGUUCUCGGACCCUGAAGAGUACGAGAAGUGGAAGGCCCGAGGCUGGAGAGCCGUGCAAUGCUGCGGCGGUGCACUUCUCGUGCUGGCAUUGAUCUUUGACGAGAUGGACUGAGGGUGAGUUGAGACAAGCAUGUGGAUAAAGAUGUUUGAGGGUUAGUCACGACUUGUGACAAAGUGCUGGCUCACAAAAUCAAAGGAAUGAAUCCUAGAGCCCUG